AUGGCCUGUCGGAAGCGCCAGCGCCCCAGUGCGAGAGAUUUCUUCGAUUGUCCCCCACCUGAGGCUUGUGCGAUCGAGAAUCCGUCGGAUAGCAGACCUGUCGACUUUCUGGUGGACACCCAAGAGGACAGCGCGCGUCCAGAGGAAUACUUGUCCAAACUAGAAGAAAUGAAUAGUCACGAGCGAGUCAUCGAACUCUUACGCGGGAAGAACCGAUUUGACUUCAGGGAGUCGUCGUCGAACGAUAAAUAUCUAUUUAUUUUCAAAUCAAAACAGUCCGAUGGUGUAAUGAAAGAUAAGUUACACCUUUACGACAUUGCAAGGCUUUUGUGGGGUCCGGGCAGAAAGGAUGUGGCCGAUGGGAAGGCCAUCUACGCAGGCCGGUUGAGCUUCCGAGUGGACGACACCCGAGGUAUAACGACUGACGACGUUUAUACUAUCGAAUUCUCUUCCCAAAGAUUGGCUGAACUCGCAAGCGGGGUGGUUGAAUUUCGACUCAACUCACACUUGAUGUCAUUACAAAAAGAAGAAGAUAAAUCGGUGUUGCUCAUUCAAGCAAAGAUCGGCUCAUCCCGCUGGUUGGUCAAAGAUUCCGAAUCCCACAUGGUCGAGUCCAAAUGGCGAGUGAUUCGCAAGCAAAUCGCAUUUGUGAGGCCUCUGGCAAAACAUGAAUCAACUCCUCCCAAAGUCGAAAUGCCACUCCCCAAAGCCGAUCAAAUGGCUUUCGAAAUCUCUCAACUCCCCUCCGCCUUCACCGUUCCCCAAAUCGUUGAAAACCUGUCGCAACUCAAACUUUUUAAUCUCCCAAUCCAGAUCAAGUUGACCCAAGAAUCAAACUCGGAUUCUCCAAUCCGCAUCCUUCUAAAAUUUGGUGACCGGACCUCGGCUGUAAUCUGUAAAAUCAAUCUCUACAAGUUUGGAUUGACACUUGACAAAUGCAACAGAAUUAGAUUCUUGAUUGAUGAAGGAGAUAGCUCGGUCAAAGAUACUUGGAAUAUUUGGUCCAACGCGACAACAUGGGAUGAAGAGCAGAUCCAACUUUUUGUGAAAUCUAAGAAUUGCGAUGAUGCAGUUAAGUCGGAAGACGAGAUUGACCAGCUUGAAGACAAACCCGAAUUGACAAGCGCAGGCAGUGAGUGCCAAGACAUCGACGAGCUUCUCAAGGGCUCCGACGAGUCUGAUACGCCACAUUCAAGGCCGCCCCGAUCACUUCAUAGUAUGCCUUAUCUCCAGUCACUUCGGCGUCGUCAAGCCGAAGCCGAAAAUCUGAUCGAAAAGCUCACGGUGGAGGCUGAGGAAGAGUAUCUGGAGACAAAAGCCGCGGCUGAUGGUAAACCAAGAUCUGAAUUCUACCGUGUAUCCGAGCAGGUUGGGGAAGACAAAAAAUACAACAAGCUAAUGAAGCAGAUGAGGCGAAGACGAGCGAUGAGACGUGAGCUCAAGAACUAUCGGAAAAAAAAUCCAUUGCCGACAAAAGUCAAGCAACAACGUAAGGAGUGGAGAAGAGAACAACGACAAGGGUUCAGAGGAGAGGCAAUCGAGUCGGGAGAUGAAUCUAGCGAGGAAGAUUCAGACGAUUCUGGACACGAAUCCGAUGCGUCCGAUGAACCCGACGAGCGCUAUCCGGCAACAUGCUCACGAGAGGAGUGGGAAACAAUCCGCAAGAAACGGCGUGUCAGAAGAGUCAUGGAAGAAAAGGAGAACAGCCCAAGCGCUGCAGUUGUUGAUAAAGAAAAAACGUUGGUCACCAACAGUGAGGUUUUCCAACACAAAUAUUCCAGGCCCAACGAGCCGUUACCAUGUGAUGUCGAAUAG